AUGGAGACAUUCGGCACUAGUUCCAUUCUCGCGUUAUUUAACGAGACAACGAACACACCACGCGACCAGUCCGUCAACAUCUCCCAGACGACUACAAUAAACCCCACUUUCGUAACAACCGUUGUUACAAAUACAACAUGGAACUGUACCACGUGUCCUAAUAUAACAACGGAAGAGCCCAUUAUUGCGGAGGAAGAGGAUGUGUUGUUGAAGGUCUUAAAGGUGUUACAACAUGCUAACUACUUCCUGUUGCCCAUGUUCUUGUUACUUGGCCUGGCCGGAAACACUCUCACGAUCAUCAUUAUGACCACCGGACGCUACGCGCAUCUCACUUCACGUCUGAUCCUGAUUGCGCUUGCCGUUUCUGAUACUGUUUUGCUUUUAACACAACCACUGAAUAAAAUCUUCGUUAUUGAGAUGACUGGAGUAGACCUAAGAGCACUCUCAGAUGCUGGUUGCAAGAUCUAUUUUGUUAUGUUUAAAACAGGGAAAAUGACAUCAUCAUGGUUUGUUGUAUUGCUCUGCUUUGAACGAUUUGUUGCCGUUUGGUUUCCUUUGCGUGCAAAGAUGAUUUGUACACAGCGAAAUACUAUACUGUCUAUCGUUAUGGUAUACAUCUUUAUAGGUGCCUACAACUCCGUAUGGUCUAGGUGGUCAACCAUCGUUGAUGGGAAAUGCCAUCCCGACGUUUACAACUCAACCGACCCUGCGGAAAGGAUCGAAUUCGGACGAUUUCUGAUAGCGGGAUGCUGCCUCUAUUCUUUUAUACCGAGUGUUCUUAUGUUCAUAUUGACCCCACUCAUCAUCAAGAAACUUUUGGAUCACAAGAAAAGGAGGAGGUCAAUGACAGGUAACAAGAACAAAGAAAAAGAGGCGCGAAUCACAGCCAUGUUGCUCGGUAUUGUCAUCGCUUACACCAUCUUGAUUCUUCCGGUUACUUUCUUGCAUCUCAUCUCCUUUUUACAGGGCGUCCGAGCAUUCGGGCAGAAUCCAAACGGCUUUCUCAUCUUCAGAGAUGUCACCCAGAUAUUGGAACAAGUGAAUUAUGCCAUCAACUUUUUCCUCUACGUCACAACCUCGCAGCAGUUUCGAAGCGGACUGAUGGACCUUCUUUGCUGCAGAACGUUUAGCAUUUCAAGUAGUUCAAGCAUGUCUAGCUCCCAGAAGACUAAGUAUUCAAGUCAAAGGAAAUUGUACGGGAGUUCAUACGCCUCCUACAGUUCUGGAAAUAGUGAAACAGAAAAUGGAAACAAAUUUUCCAUCACCACUAUUAGUAACACGGAAAAAGAGCAGAAACUACCACCAGCCAUACCCGAUAUUUCGUACCCAUGA